AAAAUUUACUUUAUGAAACGAUUUGAUAUUCAACGUGACGCGAUUUAGUUUUUAUUUGGUCGAUUUGCUGUAACAAAACUAGUUGGAUUGGCGUAACAGAUGUUCUGAUAGGAGCAACAUAUCAACCCGUGUGUCUGUUUCGAAACCGGCCCUUAUCACCUUCAGCUCACCUCUACCUUUCAGUUAUCGUAGCUUUUACUUCAGUGAAAUUUCAACUUCCAGUACAAUACACGUAUCGACAGCGCUUGACGGGUGCGGUUGAACAAAAAUUAAUUAUCUUUAGUGCAACUGCAUGCAUAACAUUUAUACAUCCGUAAAUGUGUGUUUGAAAUCAAAUAGUUGAGCGUUAUAAUUGGAUCCAGUCGAAACCAGUAAAAAUGGCCCGAAUGUGGUCGCUUAUCAAACAAUCAACACUGGUACAUCUGUGUUUUGCUAUUUCUUACUUCACGUCUGGAUUGAUCAUUAACUCAGUGCAAUGUGUACUGUAUUUUGGAUUGAAGCCAUUUAACAAACGUCUGUAUAGGAAGAUUGGAUAUUACCUGUGUUAUUCUUUCUACUCCCAGUUAGUUUUUCUGGCAGAUUGGUGGUCCGGAACAACCUUGUAUAUAUACAUUAGCGAGGAGGAUUUGAAAUACUGUGGAAAGGAGCAUGUCCUUCUGCUAAUGAAUCACUCAUACGAGGUAGAUUGGCUUGUUGGGUGGAUGUUCUGCGAUAAAGUUGGUGUGCUAGGCAACUGUAAGGCGUACGCUAAGAAAGUUAUUCAAUACAUACCGACUAUUGGUUGGGCUUGGAAGUUUGCUGAAUUUGUAUUUCUGGAACGCUCGUUCGAAAAGGACAAAGAAAUCAUUGGACGACAGAUAAAAGAAAUCAUGGAUUAUCCAGACCCUGUGUGGCUGCUGCUUAACGCUGAAGGCACACGGUUUACCGAAAAGAAACACGAGGCCUCUGUUCUAUUCGCUCGUGAGCGUGGCAUGGUUGAGCUCAAACAUCAUUUGAUUCCGCGUUCUAAAGGAUUUACUGCUAGUUUACCACAUUUGCGAGGCAAAAGCUCAAUUUUGGAUAUUCAACUGGCCAUUAGCAAAGAUUCACCCGUUAAACCCACUAUAUUCAACAUCCUCAAUGGAAAGGGACUUGUUGCACAUAUGCAUGUUCGCCGAAUUCCGACCGACACUCUUCCUGAAAACGAAGAAAAGGCCGCUGAAUGGUUACAGAAUCUUUUCGUUGAGAAAGAUCGAAUGCAGGACAGCUUCCACAAUCACGGAGACUUUUUCACCAGUUCUGGAGUGACGAAAAAAUAUCCAUUUAAAGUGCAACCCCGAAUAUCUUCAUUCAUUAACAUGGCAGCAUGGAAUGUGAUAACGGUUGUCCCGAUGUCUUAUUAUCUAGUUCAGUUGCUGAUUAGCGGAGAGAUUCUUUAUUUCUCAAUCGGAUCGUCCGUACUCGCUGCUUUUUACACACUUAUGGUAAAAGCGAUUGGAAUGUCAAAAAUCAGUAAAGCAUCCUCGUAUGGUUCAGACGCCACCGGUGGACAGAGUAGUCAAAAUGGAACAUCGCCUAAGAAAUCGGUCAAAAGUUCGUAGAACCAGUUAAAAGGUGACUGCUAAUUUUUACGGUAUAUAGAACCUUCCACAAAAGUCCACAAUCGUAGACUAACCCAUCCCAUUAUAUUUUCCUCCAAUUUUUGGAGGUUAGUUUUGCUCUAAGCAAACACUACUGUUUUGUGCAUUGAGACACUAUUUUCUAAAAAUGAUACAAGGACGCGCGUUUGACCACCGUCGGGUAAAGCCAAAUUUUGCUACACCAUUUUACAGAUAAAGUUUAAAACACCUGUAGCUCCCUUAUGCCCGGAGUUAAUUUGUUCCGAACAAUAUUUAUAAAAGAAAAAAACAAACUCCAUAUUGGUGUAGUGUUAUUGCUAUAGUUUAUAUCGUUUUAUACACCUGGAUAUUUCCUUAUACACAGCAUAAAUCUAUUGCGCGUAACAGAUUAUUAGGACGAGAAACGAGCGCAAAGGUAAGAUAAUGUACUAUUUAAAACCGAUUUUUCGGUGAGAUUCUUUACACCAAGCAAUGAAAUUGUAAUAUUUAAGUGAACUGUAAAAGGCGAAAUUAAAAAAGAUGGCAAUAUUGAAAAGCUUGAAUACUCAGUACAAAGUUUUCCACGUUUUUCGAACUAUUGUUGGUUCGAUAUUUUUCUUUCGCACAACAAGUUUUCCAGUUAGGUAUUCAAUUAUAAAAAAAAUCGGUUAAUUAAAACCAUCAACCCAACAUUUUUCUAUCAUAGUACAGCCAACAAUCAUGAAAGCUGUGUUUAAUCAUAUUACCAACAAAACAUUAUCAAACUGAAUUAUCAAAGUUCAUUUCCUUGUUUCUUCCCAUUUAUUUGUCAGCUCGUUUCAACUUUUGAUUUUAUCACCAAAUUUCCACAAUAAAAAGUCAUAUGUCAUUUGUAAUACAUGUCAUUGAUUAGGUUUUAGUAAAUGCAGAUGAGACUUAACAAGGCCAAAGGCUAACAAAAGACGAUACCGCGCAAUCAAUACAAUAUGAUCAGUAAAAAUAUUACAUAAGCUCUGACGGCUUAUGAAAAUCACCGAAAUCGAGCUUCCCCACAUAUGCAACCCAAGUCUAUAUGCGUUACUGUUUGAUUAUUCGUUUCAAAUAAGUUCCUUUGCACAAACAAUUAUGUGUAGCGUUUUCCACCAUUACGACCAUAACUAGCUUUUGAGGGUGAAUUCAGGCAGCAAAAUGAAAUUCUGUGAGUCAGACCGGACACUAUAAACAGUUACUUGCAUGCUGCCUAGGGUUAUAUGUAGUAGUUUACCUAUCAGACUGUGGGCAGUUUUGCAGGUGAGGAAAUAAAGAAUG